AUGGCCGCCCUCCGAUCCUCUUCUCGAAUUGUCGGCGCCGUCUCAAGGACGGCUGCCCUUCGACCCGGAGCUGUGUUCUCUCGCUCCAUGGCCUCGGUCAGCGAGGCUCCUCAGGAGCCCAAGCCCAACAUGAAGUCCUUCCAGAUCUAUCGAUGGAACCCCGAUACCCCCAGCGAGAAGCCCCGUCUCCAGACCUACACCCUGGACCUCAACAAGACCGGACCUAUGAUUCUCGACGCCCUCAUCCGCAUCAAGAAUGAGCUCGACCCUACCGUGACUUUCCGACGAAGUUGCCGCCGAAUUCCUGCCGAGUCUUCAUCUGAUGUCAAGAUCUACCCUCUUCCUCACACCUACGUCGUCAAGGACCUUGUCCCCGACUUGACGCACUUCUACAAGCAGUACAAGAGCAUCAAGCCCUACCUCCAGCGCGAUACCCCUGCUGAGGACGGACGUGAGUACCGACAGACCAAGGAGGACCGCCGCAAGCUCGACGGUCUUUACGAGUGCAUUCUCUGCGCCUGCUGCUCUACCUCGUGCCCGUCUUACUGGUGGAACUCUGAGGAGUACCUCGGACCCGCCAUCCUUCUCCAGUCUUACCGAUGGCUCGCCGACUCUCGUGAUGAGCGCACAGCCGAGCGCAAGAACAACCUCGAGAACUCGAUGAGCCUGUACCGUUGCCACACCAUUCUCAACUGCACCCGAGCCUGCCCCAAGGGUCUCAACCCUGGUAAGGCGAUCGCCGAGAUCAAGAAGCAGAUGGCUCUCGGCAACUAA